AUGAACCCAUAUCAGAGAAGAGAUAGUAAAAACCUACAGCUUGGUGCUGAUUCAUACCUUAGCUGUGUAUUUCCCAGGAAUCAAUAUAACCAAAACAGUCUACUGACCAGUGUGAAAGCUCAUAAACUUGAUCUAAAAUACCCCUUUCAAGCCAUCAUGGAACAGCUCAUUGACUUAGCAUUACUUUUGAAACUGACACUGGUAUAUUUGAAGCUGCAGCUAAGGAGAAGGCAGGUGGUGUGCGGCACCAAGUGCAACACGCUCUUCGUGGUGGAUGUGCAGUCCGGCCAGAUCACGCGCAUCCCGCUCUUGCGGAAUCGGAAACCCGAGCCGCCUCCGGCCCAGCCAAGCUGUGGCAUCCACGCCAUCGAGCUGAAUCCCUCCAAGACGCUUCUGGCCACCGGGGGCGAGAACCCCAACAGCCUGGCUGUCUACCAGCUGCCCACCCUGGACCCCUUGUGCCUGGGUGACCGCCAUGGCCACAGGGACUGGAUCUUCGCCAUCGCCUGGAUAAGCGACACUGUGGCUGUGAGCGGGUCCCGCGACGGCACUGUGGCUUUGUGGAGAAUGGAUCCUGACAUGGUCAGUGGCAGCAAAGCCUGGCACAGUGACGAACAGCUCCCCGUGUACGCCCACAUCCGUCCGAGGGACAUGGAGACCAUCCCCAGGUCCAGCACCAACCCCAGUAACAGAAAGGUGCGGGCCCUGGCCUUUAAUCAUAAGAACCAGGAGCUGGGAGCAGUGUCCCUAGACGGCUACUUCCACCUGAAAGCCCGCAGCACCCUGUCCAGGAUGCUGACCAUCAGGCUGCCCUACUGCAGAGAGAACGUGUGCCUGACCUACUGCGAGGAGUUGUCCCUCUAUGCGGUGGGCUCCCAGUCCCACGUCUCCUUUCUGGAUCUGCGCCAUGGUCACCAGAACAUCAGGCCCCUGUGUUCCCGAGAGGGCGGCACUGGUGUGCGCUCGCUGAGCUUCUACCAGCACAUCGUCACCGUGGGCACAGGCCAUGGCUCCCUGCUCUUCUAUGACAUCCGUGCCCAGAAGUUCCUGGAGGAGAGGGCAUCGCCCAACCUGGACUCCUCCCCAGAGCCCUCAGGGAGGAAGCUGAGGCUCACGUGUGGCAGAGGCUGGCUCAAUCACAAUGACUUGUGGGUGAACUACUUCGGUGGCAUGAAUGAGUUCCCCAACGCUCUCUACACCCACUGCUACAACUGGCCUGAGUUGAAGCUCUUUGUGGCUGGGGGGCCUCUCCCUUCAGGCCUCCACGGGAACUAUGCAGGCCUCUGGAGCUAA